AAGCAUACCGCUGUCGCUUCCUGCCGGUCUGUCUGCUUCCCGGUCUAUAAAACCCCCACCUCUUCCUUUCUUCUGCAGUUCUGCCUUCUCUUCUGAAUCCUCAACGUCAGCCUGUGAAGGAAAAGAAAACCAGACAAAAUGCGUGAGUGUAUUUCCAUGCAUGUGGGCCAAGCCGGAGUCCAGAUGGGUAACGCCUGUUGGGAGCUGUACUGCCUGGAGCAUGGGAUCCAGCCGGACGGACAGAUGCCCAGUGACAAGACUCGUGGAGGUGGAGACGACUCCUUCAACACCUUCUUCAGUGAGACCGGAGCCGGAAAGCAUGUCCCCCGUGCCAUCUUUGUUGAUCUGGAGCCCACUGUCAUCGAUGAGGUGAGGACAGGUAUCUAUCGUCAGUUGUUCCACCCUGAGCAGCUGAUCACUGGUAAAGAAGAUGCUGCCAACAACUACGCCCGCGGUCACUACACCAUCGGCAAGGAGAUCAUUGACAUUGUGCUGGACAGGACACGCAAACUGGCUGACCAGUGUACAGGUCUCCAGGGGUUCCUCAUCUUCCACAGCUUCGGAGGAGGCACCGGUUCUGGUUUCACAUCCCUGCUGAUGGAACGUCUGUCUGUCGACUACGGAAAGAAGUCUAAGCUUGAGUUUGCCGUUUACCCAGCUCCCCAGGUGUCCACGGCUGUGGUGGAGCCCUACAACUCCAUCCUGACCACUCACACCACCCUGGAGCACUCUGACUGUGCCUUCAUGGUGGACAAUGAGGCCAUCUAUGACAUCUGCCGUAGGAACCUUGACAUUGAGCGUCCCUCAUACACCAACCUCAACAGGCUCAUUGGUCAGAUCGUCUCUUCCAUCACUGCCUCCCUGCGUUUCGAUGGAGCCCUGAAUGUUGAUCUGACAGAGUUCCAGACCAACUUGGUGCCCUACCCCCGUAUCCACUUCCCCCUGGCCACCUAUGCCCCGGUCAUCUCUGCUGAGAAGGCCUAUCACGAGCAGCUGUCAGUCGCUGACAUCACCAACGCCUGCUUUGAGCCGGCCAAUCAGAUGGUGAAGUGUGACCCUCGUCACGGCAAAUACAUGGCCUGCUGUCUCCUGUACCGUGGUGACGUUGUUCCCAAAGAUGUCAACUCUGCCAUCGCUGCCAUCAAAACCAAGAGGAGUAUCCAGUUUGUGGACUGGUGUCCCACUGGCUUCAAGGUGGGUAUCAACUACCAGCCCCCUACAGUGGUUCCUGGAGGAGACCUGGCCAAGGUCCAGAGGGCUGUGUGCAUGCUGAGUAACACCACAGCCAUCGCUGAGGCCUGGGCCCGUCUGGACCACAAGUUUGACCUGAUGUAUGCCAAGAGAGCCUUUGUGCACUGGUACGUUGGUGAGGGCAUGGAGGAGGGAGAGUUCUCUGAGGCCAGAGAAGACAUGGCAGCCCUGGAGAAGGAUUAUGAAGAGGUGGGCACUGACAGCGUGGGAGAAGAGGAUGAGGAGGGAGAGGAAUAUUAAAAGGCUAAACAUGCUUUGCCACCCUACAUUCCAACACUGUUGGAGUCCUACACUUAACAUGACAGCAACACAUUCCCCACUGCAGUGUUAACGGUCUCUGUUACAUCUAGUCAUGUUGUGUGUAUUCUCAAUAAACACGCCACGUCUCUUGUCUAGACAAAAAAAAAUAGAAUGUGAAACGAGUUUGUUUUUUGGCAAAUCUGUUGAACUUCUGCAGCAGCUGUUAAUGAGUUCUCCGUGAGUGAGUUCUACCAGUCAAUGUGGGAGUUGCGUCAUGGAACUGACCCCACCUGUGCAAAUAUGGUUGUAGCCUACUUAAAUAGAAUAAAUGACACAAGAUGUGUUUCAGGUAGACAUCACUGCAUCCUUUUUAGCCUAAGUGAUAUUUUGAUGACAGCUUUGGUAGGCAUUAAACUUGAAUACAUUUCUGCCAAA